AUGACAACUGUAAAACGUCAUGAUCUACAGCGUUUUACACGCGGUAUUUCAUCAGCAUCAUCAUCAUCAUCUGGCAGAAAUACAGAGGAUAAAGAACCACCCGUAACACCCACAUCAGCACAACCAAGCGUAUUCAAUUGGGAAAGCGAUAAGAGACGUUCGAAACCGUUCGAUGAUGGAACAAUGUCUUUCUUUUGGCGGGCACAUACUAUAACAUGUCUCGUCAUAGCUAUGUCAUAUCUAUUCUAUGUUGCUAUUUUGGAACAACCAUCCGAAGACUCAGCGUAUAAUACCAAACGUGGUCUACUAGCAUGUGCUGGCUUUUUCCUUGUAUUCGGUAUGACACAAACACCCGAUGGUGUGUUUGUUCGGCCACAUCCUGCUCUCUGGCGUCUUGUCCUUUGUUUCAGUGUGCUAUAUGAAAUUGUGCUCAUUUACAUCUUGUUUCAAACUGCCGAUGAAGCUAGACAGCUCAUCAAACAUAUUGAUCCGGCAUUGGGUGUCCCAUUACCGGAUAAAGACUAUGGUGGAUCCUGUCGUAUCUAUGAUUGGGAACAUCCUGAAGAUCCAUUCCAUUAUUUUAAAGAUAAAAUGGAUUUCUUUGUUCUCUCACAUUUCUUUGGUUGGUGGCUAAAAACAUUAAUUAUUCGUGACUAUUGGUUAUGUAUGGUCACAUCGAUUGGUUUCGAAAUUCUUGAAUAUUCAUUAGAACAUCAAUUACCGAACUUUAGUGAAUGUUGGUGGGAUCAUUGGAUUCUUGAUGCACUUAUUUGUAAUGGUGGUGGCAUUUAUUUGGGAAUGAAAACAUGUGAAUACUUGAAAAUGAAACCUUAUAAUUGGCGUGGACUUUGGACUAUUCCAACUGUUAGAGGUAAAAUCAUGCGUGCAUUGGGUCAAUUUACACCACACGAUUGGCUGGAAUUCGAUUGGCGUCCAACCGCUUCGUUGAAACGAUGGCUCGCCAUGUUAUUCAUAACGUGUUUUCUAUUUCUAAUUGAAUUAGGCACAUUCUACUUGAAAUUCAUCCUGUGGAUUCCUCCACCACAUUUCCUGUGUCUUUCUCGUUUACUAUUCUUUCUGCUUGCCGGUGGUGUAUCCAUGCGUGAAAUGUUUGAGUAUUUAGAUAAUCCUCAAUGUAAAAAAUUCGGUCGACAAUCAUGGGUUAUCACUGCUAUUGUUAUUACAGAAGUGUUAAUUGUAUUGAAAUUCGAUUGGGAAACGGUUACCAAACCAUUACCAUUCUACAUUGGUCUUCUUUGGAUCACUAUUGCUGUUGGAAUUGUCCUGUGGACGAUUUAUCAAUUUUGGUUCAAACGAUUCAUUCUUUGGGGACAGAAGAAGAAUGUUUCGAAUACGAAAAAGAGCGAAUAA